UCGGAGCCUGAGGUCAUGAACUUUCGGAUCGCCAUCUUCUUUCUUCUGUUUCGCUUGAGCCCCGGAGGCAGGGAUCGCAGACAGAUAGUGUUCGUCGACAGAGGCGAAUGUUUGACUCCCGACGGGCUGAACGGUCGGUGCUCCUCCCUGUCCGAGUGUCCCCGGUCGAGCGGUUGGAGAAAUUUGGAAUUUCUCAGACGAUCCACGUGCGGAUUCGAGGGAAUUUUACCACGGCUGUGUUGUUCCCACCGGAUGGAGUUUGAGGUUUGCGGUAUCAAGACGAAAUUCAGAUACGAAACCUUCGGUAUUCGAAAUUCGCAGUUGGAUGCAUGGCCGUGGCUGGCGACCGUUUAUAACACCAAAUAUAGCCGAAUCCGUGGAUUCUACUGCGGGGGUGCUCUAGUGUCUGAUCGACACGUCAUCACCUCCGCUCACUGCGUAAUGGAAAGGCUACGAAAAAUUGCGAACGCAUCCAGUCUGACUGUUCGGUUGGGUGAACACAGGUUGAACGACGACUCGGACGGAGCCAAUCCGGUCGAAUUUCGAGUAAGAGAGGUCAAGAGUCACCCCGAUUUCAUGCGAAAAACGUUCAAGAACAAUAUCGCUAUUCUUGUUCUAGAAGAGACGGUCACAUUCGACGAAUUCGUUAGACCCAUUUGUCUUCCCUACGAUCAGCUGAGGAACGAAGUUCUGGCGGGAAGAGACGCCUUCGUGGCGGGAUGGGUAACUACAGCCUUCGACAUAGACUCGAACCCCGAAUUGAAGGAGUUACGGAAUACAAUUUGGAAUAACGAAGAGUGUCGUCGCGUGUUUCACCGAGACUUGCCAAUAACUGUAGAGUAUAUCUGCGCGGGAAUUCGUGAUUGCUGCAAGGAAUCUUGUUCGAUAAAUGCAGGAGGACCUCUGGCUCUUCCCGUCCGGAAAUCGUUUUCGGGUUCUUCUCGAUUCUACUUGGUGGGGGUGGCUUCCUUUGGCAAGAGAAUCGGUACAUCGGAAUAUCCCGUGGUAUAUACCCGAGUCACCGAAUAUUUGGACUGGAUCUCAAAUAACCUGCCUUAAUUAUUUCAUCUCUUUCAGUUUCGUACCAGAGUGAAACCCAUUAUUUCUCCUCGGAGCCGUGCACAGAUACUCGAGAGUCCUGGUGUAAAGGGGUUCGGGGACCGCUACGUCUAUAAACAGAUUAGUUAAUACAUUAAAUACUUAUAAAUAAACAGGUA